CAUUCAUCUCAAUAGUGGCAUAUUUGAUAUCUGGCGAUACUAUUUGUAGUGUGAAUUUCUAAUUACACUAGAACUUAACUUCACGCUGAAUCAUGGCUGUUACUCAUAAUCUUUUGGGGGUCACGAAAAAUUUCACAUAGCAUCAAUGGAUUGCGAAUUUUCGGAGGUUCUCAGUCUUCAUGAAGCCUUAAGUAUCAAUCCUAGUACUUCGAUUGAAAGUGAAUCAACUUUAAACUGUCAAACACAGUCUGUGAGUAAACAUGAGGAACUUAAAGACAGGGAGAAAGGUAUUGGUGGAUCAUAUGAAUCAACAAAAGCUGGUUUAAGCUCAUUCCCUCCCGACUCCGGCAUUAUCUCAUCACUCCAAACGUCAUGUGCACCAACAAACACUUUACAAGGACACUCAUUUAUCAGACGGACAUUACACAAACCAGCAUACUGUCAUCAUUGUGGUGAAGUUAUAUGGGGCAUUCUAAGUAGUGGUUUUCAAUGUGAAAUUUGCAACUUACUUGCACAUGAACGUUGUCAAACCGUCGUGAGUUCUCCAUGUACAUCCGUCGCACCUCUUCAAAUAAAGUCUCCAGUAUCUCAUUGUUGGUCUGAUGUGGGUCGGUUCAAACGGAAAUUUUGCAAUGUUUGUCGUAAGCGCUUGGAAGAUAGCCUUUCUGUAAGAUGUGAAGUUUGUGAAUAUUAUUGUCAUGUGGAUUGUCAAGAUUAUUCUAUCAAUGAUUGUAAACAAGGUGCAAUAUGUUCACCAGGAAAACCUGUGUGUUCGCCGCGUCAAACUCAUCACUGGAGGGAGGGGAAUUUACCAACCAAUUCCAAGUGUUUCAUAUGUCGUAAGACAUGCUGGUCAUCUGAAUGUCUUACAGGUUAUCGUUGUCAAUGGUGCGGUAGAACUAGUCAUGCAGGAUGUAUAGAGAAAGUGGAAGAUGAAUGUGAUUUCGGUCCCUUACGAGAUAUCAUGUUACCGUCAUUCUGUGUUAGUCUUCCACGAAUGAAUAUUCCUAUUGAACAUGUGAUCGGUGUAACUAAACGUCCACGAGGUCGAGCUAUUUCAGCUGAUUGGUCAAGCAGUGGGGAAAGCAAAGAGGAUAGUUGGCAAGAUACACGAUCUCCAAGAGAAACUAUAGACCGUGCUAGUAGUGAUGAUAAAGACGCUAUCAAAGUUGUACGUUCAUCAUUGGAGGUUAUAUCAGAAAUUGAGACUGCUUUCAAAUUGAUACUUUCUAUUGAUUGCUGUCAUAAGAUAACUGUAAUCCAUAUUACAGACAAAAAAUUCCUCUUGUCGACAUUUCAUAUUACAACUUUGCAAUUUUUUUUCAAUCCCUUACCAGAAUAUGUAUGUGUAUUCGAUGGCGUUGGAGCUUUAAAGAGACGUUCAUGUCGAAGUUUCAGUUUUUCCAAAUCCAUGUCUACAUAUUCGGCAGUUAAACGGUUUUUGAAAACAUUUCAUUUAGCUGGUACGCCUGAUUAUUACAAUGUGUAUGAAGUUAAUGAACAUGAUGGAACUGAAAACAAACUUAAUUAUCAUGUAAAUCUUCGUAGUCAAUUGAGAUUUGAUUUAAAACAACCUUCCAUAUUGAUUCGAUCUAAAGAACCGGAGGAAUCAACGAUUACCAUUAAAGUGUACGCUGGGGAUUUACGUUUACUACUUGCUCCUUAUGUACCGCCAUAUGAAGAGGUGACUAUUAAUUCAGAAACUACUGCAUCCAAAGUGGUUGCAAUGGCUUUGAAUAAUUUUGGUUGUGGACACAUGAACCCAGAUGACUGUUACUUAAGCAGUGUUUGUGUUGAUCGUACAGUUAGUGAACAAUUAUUAAAUAAAGAUGAUCGUCCAAUGCUACUACUUGAUCAGUUACGUGAAGAAUCAGCUAGAAUAUCACAAUUUACUCGAUUCGAAUUACGUUUUGUUGAAGAUCCCCCUAUCAGUCCUAGUGUCUCCUUGUUUGUAGGUAAUCUUAAAGAAAAUCUAUCACAACGAUUAUAUGAACGUGUAUUAUUAGACAAAUUAGGUGAAAAAUGUCGUUGGGAUUCAAUUGAAGUAAUAUAUUAUGAAAGUGGUUGUCUUGUUUUAAAUUAUCACUCAAGUGAAAAAGCUGAACAAGCUUAUGAAUUACUAAAUGAAUCUAUAUUUAUGGAUAAACCACUGACUGCUCUACUUCUUCCAACAAUUCGUCCACAAAAUUUGCCUAAAGGAAUUCAGCCACUUUUAGUAUUUGUUAAUUUAAAAUCUGGCGGUUGUCAAGGUGUCGAUUUAAUUGUUGCUUUUCGUCGAUUACUCAAUCCAUUUCAAGUAUUUAACCUUGAUUAUGGUGGUCCUUUACCUGGCCUAUAUUGCUUUCGUCAUUUAGUCUCAUAUAAGAUUCUUGUUUGUGGUGGAGAUGGUACAGUAGGAUGGACAUUGUCGUGUUUGGAUAUUGUUGGACAGGAUGCAGCAUGUAACGCUCCUCCUAUUGCUCCUCUUCCUCUUGGAACUGGUAAUGAUCUAUCUCGUGUUCUUCGAUGGGGUUCUGGUUAUUCGUCAGCUGAUGAUCCUCUAACUAUUUUAAAGGAUGUAGUUGCCGCUGAAGAAGUGAAGUUAGACCGAUGGACGUUGAUUGUUCGACCAGAAGAAGAUUUUAAAGAUGAAACAAAAUUAGCUUUAGAAUUGCAAACCAAUGCAUCGAAUACAAAUGAAGAUAAUUCAAUUAUGAUUAUUAUGAAUAAUUAUUUUGGUAUCGGUAUAGAUGCUGAUUUGGCAUUAGAUUUUCAUAACGCACGUUCAGAGAAUCCAUCAAAAUUCAAUAGCCGUAUUCACAAUAAAAGUGUUUAUUUUAAAAUUGGUUUAAGAAAAAUGAUUAAUCGAACUAUUUGCAAAGAUUUACACAAACAAAUUGUAGUUGUUGCUGAUGGGAAAAUUGUCAUGUUACCACCAAUUGAAGGUCUAGUUGUAUUGAAUAUUCUUUCUUGGGGUGGUGGAGCUAAUCCAUGGACUGUAGAAAAGCAUGAUGAUGAAUUUGUUAAACCUACACAUUAUGAUGGUCUACUUGAAGUUGUUGGCAUUUCUGGUGUAGUUCAUAUGGGACAAAUCUAUUCUGGUCUUGGCACUGGGAUUCGUCUUGCUCAAGCAGCACAUUUGAAAAUUUGGCUUAAGUCUGAGCUCCCUAUUCAAGUUGACGGCGAACCGUUUAUUCAUCCACCUGGUCAAAUUACUGUACUACGUUCUGCACUGAGUGCCAAUAUGUUAAGAAAGGUUAAACGACCUAAACGAAGACCUGGUACAGAGGACUGUGGGUUGAAUCAAUUGCCAUCUACAGAUCAACAAUAUCAAAAGUCAAUGCAACAACAUUCAACCAUUAGAUUACAUGAUUUCAAUCCAUCAUCUGAUUAUUCAUCUUUAGAUAUUAUGCAGAAUAUAAAAGAAGAUUUACAACUUCCUAUAAAUAAGUUAAAUAUGGAUUCAUUCAUUUCUGAUACACCUACUUAUAGUAAACCAGUAAUUAAUCUAACAUCAAUACCAAUUUAUAAUAAGGAUAAUACACCAACCAAUACUGUACGGUCAUCAACAGUGUCUAUAGUACAUUCAAAUGAUGAUAACGACAAUAGUCAGCUUAUAUCUGAUGAUACCACCACUGUUUAUCAUCAAGGAAGCCUUACAAACACUUUAAAUCAAUUAAGUUUAUGUAGUAAAGUUAGCAGUCAAGAAAUAUUAUCGUCUUCUGUCAAUCUUUCUUCAUCAUUAUCACGUAUAUGCUCAUAUGCAACACUAUCAGGUGAUGACAGUGUGUGAACUUCAUUCCUUUUCUCAAUCAGCUAUAUAUAAUUCUCUCAUUUCAAUGAAGAGAUAUCUAUUUUUAUAUUUUUAUGAAUUAUACUUCAUGUGUUCGUCGGGGAAAAAACACUAAGACCAUUGUAAUAAUAUAUGCAAACUGUAUGAUGUAAUUUUAUUAUUUCAUACAUUUUAGUAAUGCCGUUUCGACUUUCCCUUUUUUAUGUUAAAGAAAGAUUUGUUCUUUUGGAGACAUAUAUUUCUGUUUCUUUUUGUAAAUUCCAUUAUAUAUUAAGUCGUCUUUGAUGUCAUCGUAUUUUCGCAUCUGGUUUCAUUCUCAUUAUUAUUUCUCUCUUCUGUAAUUCCCUCCUUUUCAACGGGAUGGAACUUGUUUUAUUUGUUCACUUGUACAUGUGCGUGUGUUCAAUUUAAAAACAGGUAGUAGGAAUACUUAAUCUUUGUUAUUUCAUUUUGAUUAUUUACUGAUUAGCAGUAUAUAUAACAAUAAAUUAUUAAAGUCGAACCAUUGUUACUGUAUAAUUUGUUCUGUUAUUUCCAUUAUUGAGUUGCGGUUUUUUAUAGAAAAAAUUAGACUAUUUGUUUGUUAGCAGAAUUUUCAUUAUAUUUUACUCAUUAUUAUAUUGUUACGAAGACUAAAGAAAAUUUAAUCAUAGGAGAAUCUAUCUUAAACUAAUUCCUAACCAUUAUUUUCACCAAUGCAUUCAAAUAUAUAAUGGGUAAAUAAUCAACCAUGAGCUGUAGCUUUACAGGCCAGCCUUUUUUAUGUCAAUUCGUCUAUUGUAAUUUUGGCAGUUCAAUUGUACGUUGUCCUUAAUGGAGUAGAUUUGAUUUGUACUUUUUAGAUAUUUGUCACUUAUUUGUAUGUGUCUUUUAGUUCAGAUGCAUUAGUGUUCAUGGAAAGCGAAAGUAGUUGUCUUCUUUAAUCGUAUAAUUCUGAAUCAAACUGUAAAGCAAUCCAAAUACUACACAUCGUUUAAUGACUAUUCUGAAGUGUGUUGUCGGUAAACAAUACUUACAAGAAUUAGUCAGUUAUUAGUUACCGUAGGUUUUGUGGAUGAUUAUCGACGGUAUGCUUUAAUAUGGUAAUAAUUCUCGAGAGUGAACUAUCCGCUUAUAAUCACUUUGUCCUUUAAAAUAGCGACUACUAGAAGGCUUAGUUUGUAAGUACUAAUCUGAAUUUUAUUUUCCGACUAUUUAGUGUUUCACCUAUGUUAUUCAGUUAUUUGCAAAAUAACUAAAUCUGUCUGUUCAGCUUGCAGUAAUUCAAAGAUUCUUUCAAACUACUGAACUUUUGUAAAAAGUGGGAGUUCCCUACUGUUUGUCAAUUUUUGCACUAGUAAAAGAAUGUUUAUGUUGUUUAAAUGAAGUUACAUCUAAUUAACUAUUUAUUAGUUAAUUGUUGGCUGGCUUAACCAUACAAUCACAAUACAAACAGAUAAAUUUUAGUCAUCCAAAAUAAUCUAAUUUCUCAACAAUAAAAUUUCAUUAGUUUACAAGAUCAUUUGUUCAAGCUGUUUGAGAAGUCAUUUGGAAUUCUCGAGAUAAAAAUUGACCGUGGUUGGGAACAGGAUAAUUGUUGUAUCCCGAAGAGAAUUGUGAAUGGUAACUUUUGAGCACUAUUUGUGGACCAAUGUAGUAUGUAUAUUUCCUAUUGUAUAAUUGUUAAGUAACUAACCUAAUCAUAUUCGUGUUCCUCUUAUCAUUAGCUUUAUUUUGACCUUUGAACUAUUAUAUACGAUUCUUGAGUUAUCAUAAGUUUAUUGAUUUUCCCCCUAUUCACAGCCACAUUUGACUAAAUAUUGUACAAAUGUUAUUUUCUAUUUUAUGGUACGAUGUGGUCUGUCUGGUGGGUAUAUAAACCCAGUAUGUUUGUG